GUCACAUACGAACGACGCGAGUUCCCCCUAUCCAGAUAAUAAAAAAAAAUCAAAACAUAUUCGGCAAAAUCGAACAAAGUCGUUGUAUUAUACUAGUUAAUUAUAAAUUCCGUUUCCGAUUUCCUUCAAAAUGAGUGGCGUUCUGCGUCGCGGUUCUUUAAAUUUCGAUUGCGGCGGUGGCAAUUCGCGUCGGGGGAGCCUUGAUGCCAACCUUUAUGGCGGUUAUCGUGAGGCAAAACCUAUGCCAGGUACACCGGAAAUAAGUGUUAUUGCCUUAGACUUUCGUCGUCACUCGAAUGACUUGAAAAAGGAACCAAAAUUAAAUGGGGUAGCAGAAGUGACCACCAAGGAUCUGAGUCAGGAUGUUGAUAGUGAUGUUCUAUCAAAUUUCUUGGGUCACUAUAGCAAAUGGAGUUUCCUGUGGACCUUCCUGUUGUGCAUAUUCCAAUUGCCGACCACAUUUCAUUUGUUUAUGUUUGUGUUUCAGACUGCUUCAAAGGACUUUUGGUGCGCCAGGCCCGCCAAUCUCUAUGAGUUGGACAUUGCGGAUUGGCGUAAUCUGAGUCAAACAGCAGACGGUUGCUAUAUACUCGACAUGGACUACACACAAUUGAGCUAUGAGAAUGGCGAGCUAAACAAUUGGCCAAACAAUACCAGCGACUUGGGCUAUAGGCAAUGUAAACAAUUUGAAUUCUCCAAUAUCGAUGGAGAUGGCAAGACUUUGGUACAGGAAUUUGGACUAGUAUGUGGUCGUAACAUUUUAAGUAUUGUGGAAACUUGUUUUCUGGUGGGUGCAGCUGUGGGUGCUGUACUCAGUGGUUGGAUAUCGGAUCGAUUUGGUCGCCGUCACACAUUGAUGGCAUUUGUCAGCAUACAAACUGUUUUUGGUGGAAUUUUGGCCUUCUCAACAUCGGUGGCCAUGUAUAUGUCGCUACGUGUUAUAAUUGGAUUCGCCUCAAUGACCGUGACUGUUGUUAGCUUCGUGUUAGUUGUUGAAUUGGUCUCUGGCAAAUGGCGAACUAUAAUCGGUAUAUUAAAUAUUUUACCCGUUGCCAUCUCAUAUGUCCUGUCAUCAGGUAUUGCGUAUCUCAUUCGGGAUUGGCGAACCCUUCAAUUAGUCAUUUCAUGGCCAUGGUUAAUUAUGUUGAUCAUUUGGUUCUGGUUGCCGGAAUCGCCACGUUGGUUGUUAGCCCAGGGUCGUCUGGAUGAGUUGUGCAAGCUAAUUGAACGCGCUGCUAAAAUGAAUGGCACAACUUUGCCGAAUAACUAUAGAAAGACUUUGGAGGCAGCUGUGCCCAAGCAGUCGCAACAGCAGCAGCAGCAAUCCUCUCCAGAAAUUGGUCAAAUCGCUCGAAGUGAAGAAUUCAAUGGUUUAGAUGGCCAUGUCAAUCCCAUUUUUGUAGUCUUCGGUGCUAAAUAUUGGCGCACUACUGUCCUGACACUGAUCAUUUGGUUGACCCUUAUUAUUAUAUACUUUGGCUUGACUUUGCAUCUAAGCAAUUUGGGUGGCAAUAUCUAUGUGAACAGCGCUGUAGCUGGCACAAUUGAAGCAAUUUCCAUAUGCUUUAGUAUUUUUGUUGUUCUAAAAGCGGGCAUACGUAAAAGUUUGAUUGGCUACAUGUUAUUGCCGGGCAUAUGUUGUCUGGCCACAAAUCUGGUGCCUCAUGGUGAUGAUAAUCAAUCGGGUGUAAUAGCCUUGGCCAUUAUAGCCAAGUGUCUUAUUGGGGCCAACAAUGCAAUCAUACCCACCUACACGGCCAUGCAGUAUCCCACAAUUGUACGAAAUUUUGGUGUCGGCAUGGGAAAUUUAGCCUCUGGCAUUGCGCUUAUCUUGGUGCCCUUCCUUUGGCAGUUGGAACACAUUGAUGCCUUGUUACCUUUGAAUAUAAUGGGCGUUAGUGGAUUAAUUGGAGCCAUUGCCAUUUCUUUGAUGAAGGACGUAGAAUCAUAAGUCGAUGUCAUUUAUUUCUUAUUAUUUUCAUCAAUUUUUCAUAUCUAACUGUGAUAUAUACUUGCAAAAAUAUUGAGCUUAAGAGCUCAUUGUAUCAUAAUUACUAUAUACUUAUAUGUUUCUCAGCCUGUUAACUUAGUUGGUUUUUAUUUAUGUGCUUACAUUACACUUGUA